UUGUAAGUAGGAAAACCUGCAAAAUCGACAGUGUAUCAAAUACUUGUUCUCCCCACUGUACAUACAUACAUACAUGAUGGUGCACCUUUGGAAGUGAAGUAGAAGUGCUAACUUGAUUUAAACCCCUAGAAGACCCCAGCACAUACAAAGCUGCAACAAAAUAAGUAGCCUGUAUAACAGCGCAAGAAGUAAUUGUCCCUGAUUUAAGUUCCCUAAUAGAGGGGAAAGUUAUUAAAAGGACUACUUGAACUAUAUGAAUGUAAUAUCAAUGUAAAAUGUUUUUUGAAGUAAACCUCUACAUUUGCAAAUUGGCAAUCAUAGCAAUCAACUUUGCAAUUGUAAGAGAUACCAUGUGAGUCAUUAUGUUCUGUAGGCUAUUGUUGGAGAUGCUACUCUUUUUAAGUGCCAAAACAAAGACUCUGGUCCAGUGGCCUUUAUUCUUGUCAUCAACUAUAUAUGUGCUGUCUGUUGUACGUUAGAGGCAGCGUUAGAAUGAGUAGCACUGCCUUCCGUUUUUAUCUGGGGACUCCAAACAAAAAUAAGGUGAGCAAUUUGACAAUGUCACCCACAUAAUUUCAAGCAGGGAGUUUCAGGCUGCGUUUGUAUUUCUAAGACUCCAAGUUGUAUGUAGAACAUUCUGGAGAGGUGUUUGCUACUUUAGCUUGUACUGUAGAAUACCCUGAUCACCUAGAUUCACAUUAUACAGAUCCAAAGUCAAGCACACAAUAACAGUAAUGGUACUGUAUCUACCCAUCAUAAUUAUAAACUCACUUGCCAUUAAUGGUUUUGAGGGCACACGUGGUUUAGAAAAGUAUGUCACGAUACUUUCUGGUAGAAGGGACUCUCCUAUAACUUCCUAAGCAAUUAACCUGCUCGACUGCUCCUGAAUCUGUGUAAUAACCAAAACAGUGUUCCAAACUACACCAUCGCCCCCGACGGGAGGCCUCACACAGUGCAAUUGAUGGAAUGGAUGAAAAAUAAAUGUAAUUAUUUUAUUGAUCAGUUGAAAACAUGAACUUCCUAUUGGUACUUUUUAAAGUGUAAUUUGUACCUCUUCUGCACGAUGAACCUGUAAUAUGGAUUAUGCCGUCUAUCAGUGACUGACAGUUGCCAUUAUACUGCACUGAGUUGUAUUGAUGCAUGUCAACUGCUGUAUUAACAUCUGUAAUGGACUUGAGAUCAACUCGAGCAUCAUGACUCUCUGUCCAGCCCUACUUUAACUCCCGACUUCUCCCUUUGAGCUUCUAUUUAUGAAUACAUAUAUUUGUACAGAUAAAAAAAUGUUUUGGUAUCUUCUGUGACGUUCUCUAUACUUUUAUGGCACUCAUGCAUGAUAGCAAUAAACUAUUUUGAAUGAAAGACAUGGACUUUGUUUAUCAGAUACGAAGAGCUCUUUGUUUGGGGGAUGAUAACAGUAACACAUAAAACAGUUGCAAGGUGUGAGAUGUUAUCGUAUCACAGGUUUUCUAGAGUAACUGGCACUGCAUAAUGAACAGACAAGGGGAUGUUUAUGUAUUAAUCAUAUUUACAUGUUUUAAACAUUCUUAUCCCUCUAGUUAACAGUAAUAAACAAGCGCAAUAUGUAUUAAAUGUGUAAACAUUUUCGAAUGCCGUAACAAAUGAGAGUGAAUUUAGGCGAGUUGACUGCUCCCGUCUCUCAAAUAAUCCGUCGAUCUAUUGGUCACGUGACGCGUCUGAUUGCGCAGCGCUAACAGGUGGAGCUGUGUGCAUUUAUUCCAAUAUUUACAUAAGCACUUGUUUAAUUUAUGGACAAAGCAGGAUAUUAGUCCGGGUUCUCGUCAUUGAAACUUUCUCUUAGGUUUCUUCCAGUCAAAAGGACAGCAAACGCACCUUUUUUAAACUAGAUUUGACUAUAUGGUCCUUUAUUUGCGUUUUUACUGGUAACCUUUUAAUUUGACUGAAUUUAGUGUUUGUCUUUCGUGUGCUUCUUUGCAUUAAAACAUUUAAACCACAUUUUUAUUGAGCAGCCAUCAUUUUAAACGAAUUAAACACCCCCACACUCGGACCAUGAACCAACAUAACUUGGAAAAGUGGUUAUUACUGUUUCAGCUCAGUUUACAGAUUGUUUGGUGUUCAGAUCGUGUUGUGUUCCUGAAUCCCCCAGCUGAACCAGUGUCUGGCUACUCGCUGAAAGUGUUGUACUCCUGUUCUAAUCCAGCUGUGGUGCUGGUGGAGUGUCUGGUCUCUUAUGACACUGGAGUAAAGUCCACGGUAUUCCAGAGACACUGGAGCUGUGAGCCGGGCCCGGACCGGAUUAGGACUCUGCUACUGAGCCUCCCUGACUGGCUGGUGUACCAGCCUGACUGGGUUGUGCCUGACACUCAGUGGGUGCUCAGUGGCAUGCUGCGUGCCUCUGUCAGUGAGGAGGGAUCUGAGGACAGUUACAGGUCAGGCCAGGCCACUGCGGUGGUCAGCUUGCAGCCCACGCCCCCUCUCAGUCGCCCCAUGAAGCAACAUCAACUCUGCCCUGGCUGGGCUACACAGAUGCUGUGGCUAACCCGCAGGACCACCACCUCACAAUGCCCUGUGGAACAAGAGACGGUCCAUUUGUUGUCGUCCAUGUAUGCCUCAACUGGAGAGAACUUUGGCAUCACCAAGACGUUAAAUACCUAUAGCAACGAGGUCCUGGAGUACUUGCGGCUCCAAGAUAUUUAUUUUCCAUGGUGUGUGUUCUCCAUCUGGGUAUUUCUGACCCAAUCCUGCCAGGAAAAGUUGUGUGGUGUAUUUCACCACAUAGACUAUCAAAAUAACUAUGCCACUCCCAAUUUGUUCCUUAAAAGUUCAGGCCAGCUGCAGGUCCAGAUGCAUGGGGAGUCUGGGAGGUCCUCAGCGUUCCUCUGUCCGUUCCAGGUGCCCCUGGCCCAGUGGUGCCACGUCAACAUGGAGCUGCGUGGCAGAACGGUGGAUGUCACCAUGGUGUGCAUAGAUGGUCAGCAACGUUUGGUUCAUACUGCAGAACACACGUUCAGAGAUCCUAUACACCUGGAUGAUACGGACGGCUACUUUGUGGUCAGUGGAGGUCGAUUUAUGAGAGGAAUUGAAGGUUAUUAUGGACCGUUGGUGUACUAUCGUAACAGAAUACCUAAUGUCAGGACGUCUGAAGUCAUUGUUCCAGACCAUAUUAUGAGUCUGAAUUUGACUGGAUGGCUACAGUCUUGUCAGGGAUUUCAGUUGGAGCUUCAUAUCAAAUUGACCGGAUAUUUACUGAGAGCCAGAGAGAAACAAGAGUCUGAGAACUGUAUGGAUGCUUAUCAUGAGCGGACAUUAAAAUAUAAUCUAGCUGUGACACCACACUGUGAACCCUGGGAGGCACCCAGUGCCCCUCAAAGACGCUAUGCAGUACGACUGGCAAAGAUACUGGCCUCCAAGCAUGGUGGCAGAAAGGUUGAUCUGGCGUCAAUGGGAAGGGCUCUGUACUCCUUGUCUCUGCGUAAGCUGCGCCAAGAGAGCACUGGAUCCACUGGAGUAGUUAACAGGAUAAUGGCCCCUCUGCUACAAGCUGGCUGUCUGGGGAACAACAGAGCUCUACACCUGUCAUCAGUGCUCUACAGCAGUGGUUUAGGAGUGGAGAGGAAGCCCAAUAAAGCAUGGCUACUGUCCCUGCUGUCAGCCCAGAAGGACUGGAGACUGGCCCUGCUGCGCCUCGGGCACCUGCACCGGCUGGGUGAGCAUGGCAUCCCCUCAGACCCUGACCUGGCCUAUGCCUACUACUCUAACAUCGCCAAGCAGACGUCCUCCGACCAGCACAACCCCUCACCUCAGCAGAUGUUUGUAGAAUCUAUUUACCUGAACAACAAGGAAGUGCUUGGGUUACAAACCAAUGAAAACCAUGAUAUCUUUCACUGGUUAAAACUCCAGGCCCGCAAUGGAGCCGCAGAUGCAGAGCAAGCUGUGGCUCGUAUGCUGUUCUGGGGCCAGCAGGGUGUGUCUCCAGACAUCCAGACUGCUGUGAGACACUAUGAGAGAGGAGCUGUCCGUCUGGGGGACCCAGUGUCCAUGUAUGACUACGCAAUAGUCCUCAUGCAGGGCCAAGGAGUCGAGAAAGACAUUCCAAGGGCAGUCACUUUCCUGAAGAAAUCAGUAGAGCAGGGUUUCAUGCCAGCGAUCAACGCCCUUGGCUGGUACUAUGAGCAGUUUGAGAAGGACUACCAGCGGGCAGUGCAGCUGUGGGAACAGGCUGAUAAACAAGGCAGCUCAGAUGCUGCUAUGAAUCUGGGUGUCAUGUACUCCCAAGGCCUGUAUCCUGGGAAAGCUGCAGACAAGUUCAUGGCCUAUACCUACUACCUGAAGUCUGCCCAGAGAGGAAACAUAGAUGGCUCCAUUCAGCUGGCUGAUGUGUGGACCACAGGGAUCCCUGGCCGAGUCAAGAGGCGUCCAGCAGAUGCUGUAUUAUGGGUUAAGUGGGCAGCUGAACACAAUGGACACCUUGGAAUGGUCCUCAGGAAGGCCUUGGAUUCCUAUUUUAAAGGGGAUAGCUUAAUGGCCUUGUUGUAUUACAUGAUGGCAGCUGAGUCAGGAUUUGCAGCCGCCCAGUUCAAUGUGGCGUACUUAUGUGAACAAAACCCUGGAGGUUUCCUGGAUCCCACUUUUGCAGUGCAGUGUAUGAGGAGACACUACAACCUGACCAUCCAGACACAAGAUCCUGAUCCCUACGCCCUGAUCAGGAUGGGUGACCUGCUGUAUGAAGGACAUGAGCGGAGACCAAAAGAUGUUGCAGCAGCAGCAGAGAUGUACAAACAGGCAGCACUAAGGAGUGACCCACAGGGCUGGUACAGUCUUGGUGUGCUUGUUCAAGAGGAACAGGGGUUACCGUUGUCCAUCCUGUCUGAACUGGGUCUGACACAGCAUUACAUGGCAGAUAACACUGAGCUGGCAACUACACUUUACCGCAGGUGCAGAGACUCCAACGGCACAGCUGAGUCUUACUUGCCCUGCACUCUUGCCCUACUCCAUGCUUAUCUGCAGUCUUUCCAAAAGGACUACAGUGCUACUAUCAAGGUCUCUGGUACUGUGGUCGUGGCAGUUGCAGUUCCACCAAUCCUCUACAUCAUCCUCCGUGUUCUGAGGGAGCGUGGCAUCAUGUCUUAUCAUCACUAGGACCAGGAAGUCCAUCAGCCUAUCAUGACUUAUCAUCACUAGGACCAGGAAGUCCAUCAGCCUAUCAUGUCUUAUCAUCACUAGGACCAGGAAGUCCAUCAGCCUAUCAUGUCUUAUCAUCACUAGGACCAGGAAGCCCAUCAGUCUACAACACAAUGAGGAAGAUAACUUGACUGUAUCAGGAGCAACUCCCAGGAAGCACUUUUUCCCCUUAUUUUAUUCUCAUUUGACUGAUUUUGUUUUUAUAGCUAAAAGUAAAUAUUAUGUGUGUUUUUAUCUUUGUUUUAUCUGGAAUGAAGAUAGCACCAUUUCCUAAAUGUAAUGUAUGAAGUCAUUUCUAUGUACUGUAUGAUCAUGGUUUAAAAAACUGUCUUUUGAUUGAGCAAUAUUA